AUGCCUGGAAGCGAUACUUCAGGAGAAGCGACGCCUUACGUGAACAGUUUGGCUUCCGCGGCGACGAUUGCGGCACCUGACCUUGGAGGAAAUAGCUUUAUCAAUUCUUCACACUUUACCCACGCACUCUCAGCAGAUGAGCUAUUGGAGUCAACAAUGGCUACAGGCGAUGAUCCCGGAAAUAGUUUCGGAGAUUCGUCUGGCGAAGGAGACAGCUCAUCGCCAGCCUCUGACCAGACCGUCAGACCGAGUGCAACCAAUCGACUAAAGACAUACUGCAUCGACCUUUACGAUCAGAUAAUCUUGGAAGGCUUUAAGAAGGACCUGCAGGAGUCCAAAGUCCCAGAUCAUACAAAUUUUGACAAUUCGUGCUUCCCAGAUGCAACAGAAGACGAAAAUUGGGCCAGUACACAAGAAAGUAGCAAACCUCUAGACAGCCUAGACUCCGCAGACGAGGAGGACUUUAUCAAGCCAGAGAGGCCAUCGACUUAUAUCUCGUCUCAUUUCAAGAUGCUCCUGAAUCACUGGAACAAUAACUGUUCACGUUUAACGGUUUGGAUGAAUGUCGGGUUCAUGAUGCGAGAUUUCCGAGGCGACAUUAGAGAGAUGAUCACCGGAGUCGGUCCGUUCGAGGAUGAUAUAUGGUUAUUACAGACUCCGAUGGUAUCGGCAGAUCAGCUUGAGACGGCACUUGAGGAUGCCUGGCAAGCGUUGAAUAUAGCGCAACCUGGCUUGCAACAUCUAACAACCCAGGCGAAGCUCGAUGAGAUCAAGCUGGAGGUCUUUGGGGCAGAUGGCUAA